AGCAGCCACUCAGAGGAAGCUCAGCAACGCACCUUUAACAAAGAACCCUCAGGAGGAUCACGUGACGACGCAACUUCCCUCCGACUCGGAAAACUCAACGGACUGCAUUACUCACAAUACUGCAGGGAAUCACAUGACCUCUGAUUGAAACAUGGGAUUUUUUAUGUCCAAACCAGAAUUUGUCACAGUUUUGGCAGAUAAACAUGUGAAAAUUGGAGAAGACAUCAAACUUAGCUGCAAGGCAAACGCAGAGGAAUUAAUGGCAACUUGGGAAAAGAAUGGCCAGAAAGUGGAUUGUGUGGAGGGCAAAAUCACCAUGAAAACGGGUAAAUCUUUUGACUUGGAAAUCAAGAACGCUGAGGAGGGAGAUGAAGGGAAAUACACUGUAAUCCUGAAGAAUAAACGGAGUAAUGUCUCAUGCUCCGCCAUGGUCACUGUUGAACUCAAUGAAUGGAGGACAGUGGAAUGGAAUCAAGAUGGAAUGAUCGAUGCCCUAAAAGCCUUUAAAAUUAGUAAUGAGAAAGUUGGUGCACUCCACUUCCUUCUGUACGGACCCACUGGAGCAGGAAAAUCCAGCAUCAUAAACACCAUCAAGACUAUUUUCAAAGGACGUCUGUUCAUCAGCUGUCUUGCUGCCUCAGAAAAAUCUGAUACGAGUUUUACCAAAUGCUAUGAAAAAACUGAAAUUGAAAAGGAUGGAUUGCUUCCUUUCACCUUCCAUGAUAUCAGGGGUCUAGAAAAGGAAGACAAAGAUGGAGUGCAUACUCAGGACAUCAUCAGCGCUUUAAAAGGUCACGUAAAAGAAGGCUAUAUGUUCAAACCUACUAAACUGACUGAUGACAACCAGUAUUACAUCAAAAAUCCCAGCCUGAAUGAUAAGAUCCACUGCCUGGUGAAUGUUAUACCAGCAGACACGAUUUCAAUGAUCAAAGAUGAUUUCAUCCAAAAUAUGAAGAAAGUCAGAGAAGAAGCCAGCAACAUGGGACUCCCUCAAGUGAUUUUUAUGACGAGAGUGGACCGUGUAUGCCCACGGACAAAGAAAGAUCUGCGUAGCAUCUACAAAAGCAAGAAGAUCAAGGAAAAAAUACGUGAGUGUAGCAUGUCGCUGGGUGUCCCAAUGAACUGUAUCUUCCCUGUGUGGAACUAUCACGAGGAGACGGAAAUCAAAGAGGAGAUAAACUGCCUGAUGCUGCACGCCUUAACAAAGAUUGUACACUGGGCUGAUGACUACAUAGUCAAAUGUUCUAACAAACAAACAUCUUUUAAAAAAUGAGUGUUGAUCUGUUAUGCAAAUAAAAACAUGUUUUGAGACUAAUCACAGCAGAGUAACCCGUAGGCUAUGGGUUGACACCAGCGUUACCUGAAGAAGCUAGCUAACAGACACUCACAAUAUAACAUAUGCAACAUAUUUUAAGUUUAAUAAAUAGCCACCAUUAUAUUCUAAAA